AUGUCUUCGUCGAUUCGUAGCAACGCGAUUUGGCUGUUUCUUUUUCUCUGUGCGACUGUCACGAUUUGCCAGGAUGUCGAACAAACCUCGGAAAUUCCGGAAGAUUCCGAAGAUGAAUCGUCGAUUUGGAUGGAAUACGAAUUCGGGACUGGAGCUGGAAAUAGGGAAGAGCUUAUAGUGACGAAUAUUUCCGUUCGCGAAUACACAAAUGUGCCAAAAACAGCGAGAAAUUGGCAAUUCCUGGAAGUGAACGGCACCGGUUAUUUAUUUCGAAACGAAAGAUCCACCCUUUUCUACAAUAAACUCGAUUUGGACAAGGGUACGAUCGAUGAACUCACGAAAUUGAUCGUGAAAGGCACUAUAUUAAAAUUUAAAGCGAUCGAAAUGAAAUCGAACAUAGUAAUCGUGUUGUGCGUCCAAUUGAACAUCGGAAUCCUGUUAGAAUGUUACACGCUCUUAGAUGGAAAUUCUUUUCGAUAUCUUGGAUCGUUGCCAGUGUUGAAACAUGUGAAAGAUAUGGAGAUUAUCACGAAAUUAUCAGAUAACCAGGACACGUAUAAAAUAUUCGUGUUGAACGAAGAGGAUUUUUUUCUUCAAAUGCAAAAUUCUAUCGAUGUCUAUGGCUUCGACAUUGAUUUCUCAACCAAUGGUUUAAAUUUUUGGUUUUAUUAUUCAACUUACGUGCCAAGAUCGUUCGAUAUCCAGGUGAUCAACAUUUAUGAAACCGUAUCAUUGGUUCUUCGAGGAGAAAACGACGUCUUCCUCUAUGAAUACAGAAAUAUGAUGGAGGGAAAUGACAUUUUGGAGCGACAGACGAUAAAGUCGUAUAAUUUGAAUAAUUUCAUCUGCUUCGAGAGCGGAUACCUCCAGUUUUUGUCGAUCUCCGGUCCAGAGGCGGGUCUUUUUCUCUUCGAAGACGGUGAAUUCCAGUUCAACACAGAGUCUGAGUCCAGUUUCGACGUUUCGGACAUUUCUUGGGUAACGAGCGUACAGUUAGCCACUUACAGAGACGAGUCCAUGUUGUUGGUACAAUUGAAAAACAUGACCGUGUUCGCGUUAGGUUGGCAAGGUUCGAGUUACAAGAAAGUUCAAUUACCCAACAACGAUCUCGAUCGGUUCGAUCUCUCCAUGAUCACACCGAUUCCGAAAUAUGGAUUUAUCGCGGGUAAUCGAGUCGUGAAAUUUGAUACGCAGCUGAAAAGCGUGAAACACCCUCUCCAAUACGAGACCGAGAAACUAGUGAGAUUGCAAAAAUCGUUAAACGAAUUGAUAGAAUACGAGGAAAGGAUUAUCAAUGAAACAAAGGCGCGGCUCAAGGAGAGUAAAAUCGAAAAUCCUGUGAUCACAGGGUUUUGGAAUAUAAGCGGGGUGAACGCAACGAAUGUAAUCAUAUCCGACAACGUGACUUUCGAAUCGAUCACGUUGGGAGAGACUAAGUUGACAAAAGAGGAUUUAAAGUUCGAUGUAAACAAUUUCGAGAUGAAAUUGAGGGAAGCGGAGAGGAAGCUCGAGCAGAUCGAUUCGAGAUUGAACGGCACGGAAUCGAAUGAUUUCGUUUCGAAUCUUCGCUUCGAUUCGGACGUUGAAAUAAACGGAGAUAUUUACGUUAAAGGGAGUUUGUAUACCGAUAAUUUGACUGUAUCCUCGAUCAAUGGGAUAGACGCCACUCUCCCUUCCAACAAUUACACCAUUGAUUUCAAGGAUGUUAAAAAUUUAACGAUUAAUUCGAUAAACGGUAUUCCCGUCGAAAAUAUACGCUUUGGAGAUUCUAUAGUUGAUUACAGUGGCGUGGAUUUCGAUAAAAUAAGUCGAGCGGAGAUUCUCGGAGAUCUUUCCUUUUCAACGAUCAACGGCCUCGAUUGGGAAACACUGAUGAAGAACAUCGUGUGGAAAGACAGAGAUAUGCUCAUUCCUGGAGAAACUGUCAUCGAGGGGACCGUCACGUCGAAUAACGUCGAACUGUCCACGUUGAAUGGCCUUCUGUAUCCGGAACAGUACGUUCUGGAGAACGGUAAUUCUCCUUACGUGACUGUAACCGGUUCGAAAACCUUCGAAUCGUUCGAGGCGUUGGAAUUGGAGAACGCGACCACUUUGAAUGGGAUAGAUUUCGAUGAUUACGUUAUUUUGAGCAAGGAGAACGUUUUGAAUGAGGGAAUCAGCUUCGAAAAUUUGACGGUGACCGAUGAGCUCAUACUGGACUGUGAAAUAGAAGGAUUAAAUAUGGAAGAGAGGCUAUUGCUCAACGAAACUACUAAAAUUUCAUCGGAUAUCUUGUUCUACAAUUUAAACGUUUCGGGUAAUGUGACGUUCGACCGAUUGAUCAUCAAUAACACCGAAGUGGAUUUAGGAGAUCUCCUGUUGAGAACCGACGAAAAUGUCGUGAUAACCGGGACGAAAACAUUUUUAAAGAACGUCGAGAUGAGAUCCAACGUUACCAUUACGUCUGGCAUGAUCAAUGGACAUCACGUGGACGAAUUCGUUACUUUGGACACGGAUCAAGUGUUCCCAAAUUUAAGAAAGAUAUCUGCCAACGUCACUUUCGGAAACGUGACGUUUGGAGCAAUAAAGAAAUUGGAGAAAUUCUUCAGGGAGAACAAUUCCACAGGUUGCUUGAACAGAACUGUUAUAUUCGAGUCUCCUGUCACCGUCGAACAAUUGACCUUCGACAAGUUGAACAAUAACGUUUCCUACGAGUUCUUUACGAGGAAAGUAAACGAAACUUUCGGCAACGCCAGCUUCGAGAAUUUAACGGUGGACACUUUGAUAGCGGACGAAAUAGUUGCGAACACGGUGAACGAUCUCGAUCUCGUUGAUUACGCCAAACAUUUGGAAUCUUCCGACAUCGAAUGCACCAUCGACGAUGCUUUGGAAACGGAUCGUUUGUGCGCGAAAUCUGUGAACGGAAUGCCGGCAGAGGAGAUUGGCCAGUUGAAAGAUCGAUUGUCCGCGAUGCUGGACCACGUGCAGAGUGGAAAUUUGACGUUGAACUCCCUUCGAGUAAUCGGGACGAUUAAAGCGGAUUCGAUCAACGGUGAACGCGUGACGGAUUUGUACAACGAGGAACGAUUCGGCCCGAGGCCUGUAAUCGUCAAGGACGAGGUUUACAUCGACGAUCUGACGAUCCUUGGCCUGAUGAACGGUUACAAUUUCACGGAACGCGUACUCGACACUGUUCAAAAAUCCGACCCGAACAUAGUGAUCGAGGGGCAUAAAACGUUCGACUCGAUCAUUUGCACCGAACUUGAUGCGAAAUACUUGAACGGACGUCCCAUAGAGAAUAUCCUAGAUCCUUAUAAGGAACAGGUGCUCUCAGGUCCCGUGAUCGUAAACGGUACCAUGACCGUUUCCGAAUACUUCGACUCAACUGGAAACAUCAAUGGCGUACCGUAUCGCGAGCUGACAGAUAAAUUCAGAUAUUUGGGGAACAAUUCCUACGAAAUUCGUGGAGACGUCAGAUUCCUCGACGACGUAACCAUCGAGAAUCUGUACGUGAACGGGUCGAUUCAGGGGAUCGAUUUCGACGAUUUUUUGAACACGGUGAUUUAUAAGGACGAGGACAACGUCACGGUUUCCGGGACGAAAAUAUUUGAGGACACGGUCACUUUUAACGACGAGUUCUUCGUUCACGAGAAAUUGAACGACAUAGAUCUGAGAAGAUUCAGGGAGAAGGCCGUCUUCAUCGACGCGCCUUUCUCCGUCAAGUCGAAAAUUAUAUUCAAAGAUGGUAUAAAAGUAGAGAAGAAUAUCGUCGUUAAGAAAUCUCUGGAAGCAAAAUCCAUAAUGGGAAUCGAUAUCGACGAGUUGCGAUCCAACGUGUUGUACCUUAACAGACCUUCUUACGUGGACGCAAACCUCACGUUCACCAAUGUGAUUUUCGAGUCUAACGUUGAAGUGAAGAAGAUCAACGAUGUCGAUAUGGAUUUAUUGAUACCGUUGAAGACCGAUCAAUUUAUACCUGUAAAAGUGUUAAGAGGUUACAAUAUUACAGCGGAGAAUAUUGAGAUUUUAGGAACGGUGAAUGGCGUCGAUUUGCGAGAGAUGCAAGAAAAGACAUUCAUGUUAACAGGGGACCAGAAUAUAACGGGACACUUCACUUUUCACGGUGUCGUUCAUUUUCGAAACGAAUUCAAUCCACGCCUCAUCAAUGGCAUCAAUCCGAACAGAUUCAUACCUCUGAAUACAAAGAGCACCAUAGUCGGCAAUUUUGUAUUCGAAAAACCAGUGAUUCUCAACAAAAGUCUGAGGCUAUUGGGCUAUUUAAAUGGCAUAGAUGUGAAUCGAUGGGAAGCUGUGGCAGUGACAACCGAAAAUUCAGUGCCGCAAUUUAUUUCUGGAAAUUGGACCGUUCUUGGCAACGUCUAUUUCCAAAAUGGAGCUUACGGAAGCGAGAUUUUAAACGGGACGAACGUCACGGAGGUAUCCAGUAUUUUAGCCAAGAAGCACUUGGAAAUGGACGCCAUGUUGGAAGAGAAAAGCGCGAAUCUGGACGCUAUGUGUAAAGAUCUGGCCGAAUUGAAACGCUAUGCGGAGAAUCAAAUUUAUCAGUUCAAUGCGUUCGAUUAUCUGCAAAUCAUCGAGUUCGAUAGCGGUUCGAUUGCCAGUGUCCAUUAUUUCGAAACGAACGACACGGAUCACUUAAUAUUGAGUUGCAACGAUUGUCAAAUGCACGCGUACGCGUUUACCGAGGAAAAAUUUGAAUCGGUGGGAGAUAUGGCCAAUUUUGGUGUGGUCGAAGAAUGGGCGACCUUUGAACGAGACCAGGAAUUAUAUUUCCUUACGUCUGGCCCAAAAUCUUGCGGAAGGAAUCCCGUGAACGUAUGGAGAUUGAAGGACAAUGAGUUUAGGCACGUUUUAGAUCUUGGCCACAACGUGGAAGUUAAGAAAAUAAAUCAGGAUACAUUUUUCACGAUGAUCGAUAAGAAGAAAGAAUUACGAUCGUCUGAAAAGAUGAACGAAGAAUUGAAAAAGUUUCUGUCAUUUUCGGUGGACGAGGAUGACACGAAAAUCGUUUGGGAUGAUGAUCGCAUAUUAACGAUUAACAAGAACGUUGGAAAAGGAUACGACAAUAAUACGAGUUUCGGAAGAAGGGUUAAAGAAAUUUUGAAUUUCAAAGCUGGAUUCUUCGAGAGAGAAAUGUUUUUGUAUUACGAUGAAGAGUUUAGCAAGGAUAGUAUAUUUAUUUUUAACAACGAUACGACGCAGAAAAAGAUGUUUCAAACUGUAACAGCAUACAGGCCAAGCUCCUUCACGAUACUCAAUUUUGAUGGAUUGGUCGAAACAUUGCUCGUCUUCGUUGAAAAUAGGAGAACUCUUCGAAUUUAUGAAUACAAAGGUAUCCAAGGUUUCAUGUACAAAGACAGUAUAAAAAUGAACGUUGAUAAAUUAUUCAGUUUUAAAAUUAGAAAGUAUUCUUAUAUGGCGAAGAGAUACUGUCUAGGCCUGAUCCAUAAAAACAGAUUAACAAUAUUGGAAGCAUUAAUGUACGGCGAAAAAUUAGAUAUGGGGCCGUUAACGUGUUAG